CCGUCAUCGCCAUGUACUGUCAAAGCUGGGGCCUAAUUUGCUAUCUGCCUAUCUCCUAUUCCCACUUAAUACCAUGACAUUCUCGUAGUACGCCAAGGCUGAAGACACUCCUUAUGAUCCGUGACGCUAGGCAACAAAUAAAACUGAACUGUGACCUCUUUUAAACGUCGUCGUCACAUCCUUAAUUACGUCCCGCCGGACGCCAAACUCGGAUUCCAUGACAAUAAUAUCCAUUUUGGUUCCACACAUUAUACGGUCCAUCCCUCUCUCUACUCGGCGAUUCCCUCUUCUCUCUCACUUUGCUAAAAGUCGGUUGACAAAAUUUCAGUUUUUAGGUUACUGUAGCUGUCAACAUAACCCCUCACUUUUCUUCUGAAAUACGUAGCCAUUUUGCCAGUUUGUUAUCACUCUCCCUAUACUUCUUUCAAAUCAAUGGCGGACGGGGAGGGUGAAAUGCACAUGCAACAUUCACCAACAGUUGAAAAACUGGAGAUGCAGUUUGAGGAGUUGCGGAGCCAGCUGGAAGAUUCUGGCAAGUUACGCGAACGCAUUCGGGCUGUUGCUAUGGAAAUUGAGUCCACCACAUGGCUCAUGCACUCUAGCGUUCUCCUCAUCCACCACUCCAUCUCUAUCUCCGAUGUUAUAGAGAAGGCAAAGCAACAAAUUGGUGGUCUAAGGGAAUUAUAUAACAAGCUUGCAGAAAUUAUUCGUGAAUGUCCUGACCAGUAUUACAGGUAUCAUGGUGAUUGGCGGACUGAGACUCAGACUGUAGUGUCAUUGCUCUCCUUCAUACAUUGGUUAGAAACUGGGACUCUUCUACUGCACACUGAAGCUGAGGCGAAACUUGGAUUGAAUCCGACUGAGUUUGGACUUGAUGUCGAAGACUAUCUUAUCGGAAUUUGUUUUAUGUCCAAUGAAUUGCCGAGGUAUGUGGUGAACCAAGUGACUGCUGGGGAUUAUGAAUGUCCAAGAAAAGUUUUGAAGUUCUUGAAAGAUCUACAUGCUGCAUUUCGCAUGCUUAAUCUUAGGAAUGAUUUUUUGCGCAAGAAAUUUGAUGGAAUGAAGUAUGAUCUUAGAAGAGUUGAAGAAGUGUUCUACGAUGUGAAAAUUCGUGGCUUGGCGACCAAUGGAGAGUCGGCAGGCAAGGAAGGAGAUCAAGGACAAUCAUGAAUCAGGGUUGGCUUUCAACUCCUCUUGGUCUCAUUUUCCUUUGUGUUCUGUGUUCAUCACGUUUGUAUUGGAAAAAAGGAUGGGUUCAUCAAAAUUAACACAAAUCUUGGAUUGGAUCGAUUUUGCUAUGCACCAGUGACUUAAAAUGUUAGACUGAAAAUGCAUGUUUUAAAAUUUAUUGAGAAUGAUGCAAAUUUCUCUUUUCCUCUGAACAAUUUUAGCCUUGUAAAUAUCUGCAUUUACUUGCCGUUUACCAUUUUCACUAACACCAA